AUGGAAGUGGCUCUGACAUUCGGCAGCCUCGGCGACAUCAUCCAGCUCUGCCAGCUCGCCAUCCAGCUCGGCCGCGCAGUCGGCGUGGGAUGCGGGGCCGCCGGCGGCGCAAGCACCCGGGAAUACCAGCAUCUCCGGCACGACCUCGACGUCCUGGUCGUGGCCACGUACCAGCAGCACGAGCUCUCGCCGUGUCUCCAAGUCCUCGACGAUGUGUCCAAGUCGGUCGUCGACGAGUGUGCGAGCCUCAUCCAAGACAUACUCCAACACCUGCGCUCGCGCUACGGGGGCAGUCUCGGCGCAGAAGGAUCCGGGAAGAAGAUCAGGGAUAUAGUCAAGCGCAUCGAGUGGAGCGUGAGAGAGACGCAGAGGCUUGAAAAGCUGCGGGAGAAGUUGCACGAGGGGGGUGCAGAGGCUGUCGCUGCUGACGGGCCUGGCUGCGGAGGACACAAGCAGAUACAGAAGCUUGGCGAGGUCUGUCGCCAGCUCGACGUGCAGGAGAAGGGGGGCCGCGCUAUUCUGGCGGUGGCUAGGGAUGCGUUUCGUGGCAUUAUCGAGGUCAAGAAGCUUCUGGCACAGGUGUCCCAGAAUGUCAUUGACUUGCAGGUCGUAGCCUCCAAUUCCAUAUUCAUCCGCCCGCUUGAUCCCACUAGGGGGGUGCCCGUCAUUCUGGAGGACGCCUUGGGACGAUCGCUUGAGAUCCGAGCUCAGUGGAUAGAUACUCUGGAGUGGGAGGUGCUGAAUGGCCUGCUUGCCGGCUACUUCAAAGGCCACAAGGGCCAUGACAUGGUUCAAAGGCAGGACUACGCUCUGGAAGAGAGCACGACUGGUCGAGAUCUCAACACGUCCUUGCCGUUACGCCGCAGCUUGAGAAGAGGCAUGAAGAUCAAUAUGAGCAUGAUUUUUUACGGCACAGAAGUCGUGGUGGGGGCUUGUCCUCGUUGUCACACGGUGACAGACGCACCGGAAGAUGUAAAUGUUCAAUGCCAAAUCGACGACUGCGGCAUGUGGUUCCGUAUGCAGAAGCAGGUUGUCAAGGCGUGUGGUCUGGCCUCUACCACUGAGGAAGGCGACGGCGCUUCUUCCGAGACGCUUGCUGGAGGAGAAGUGACGGCCGUGACGAGCAUACCCGUCGAACCGGGAGACUUCCAAAGGGUACGGCUCCUGCGUCAAUACGAAGUGCCACCACGGCCCAAUGCCCAAGUCGUUGAUGCCGAGCUGGCUCCGCCGCCGGCUCCAAGUACUCCGAGCAAUGAGCUCGCAGAUUCUUCGGAUACGGAGCCGAUGAGAUCAGAACUUUCUGAAUCGGAAGCCUCAGUCCCGGCAGGAGGGUCGAAGCAUCGCUCAAAGCGAGCUGAUACGGGCCUCGUCUCCUCCAACACUUUUGCUCGCGCUGGUGCGGGCCACAAGAACAAACACUGCGGGUGCACCACAGACAUGUUCACCUACGUAUACCCGGAUGGCCACUCAGAGACCAUAGCCAGGCCAUCUCUCUGUCCCCAAUCCCGCCACGGCUUGCCCUGCCGCAGGAACGUCAUCUUUCAGCACCCGCCGCUUUACAUCCCUUAUGGCGUAUGCCCGCCGGGAACGGCUCCGCCUCCGCCGCCUCUCCCGGCUCAUUAUUCUGCGCCGCCUACGCCCGACCGGCCUUUCUACCCGGUAACGCCUGGUCCGAUGCCUUGCUCAGUCCCGUCGGCACAGAGCAUGUCUUCCGCAGGCUUCGACGCCGAUGUGUCCGACCUCUCCUUGCCGCGGAGCAGUAGCCUGCCCCGAAAGUCUCGCUCUCGCGGGUCUGCCGUAUACAUCAAUGGUGUAUGUGUUGAUGGUCAAAAACGCCAUGCCACUGCCGCAGCGAGGCAGACCCGGCUUCGUGAACGGCCUGUGGCUACUGGCAGCGCACCUCUGCCAGGCCACGGAGACGCAGGCAGUCGUAACCGGGACGUUUACAGAGUCCAGGAGCCUCGGGGGGAGAAGAACAGCCGGCGGAGGAGACUUGCGGAGGUGACGCACACGCGGACGACGGACAUGGGUGAGGGGAGCGCAACUCUCCGGGACCAGGGACAUGGCGCGAACCGAGAGAUGGCGGCAGGAUCCGUAGUGGUUCCGCCUCAAGCGAACUGGUAUAGGCAUAGGCCUCUCGGGGGGCAAGGCACGGAGGAGGAGGCACAGCGGAGGCGACUGAUGGAGCGCAUGAUGCCUAGGAGGCGGGCGAUGGUAGAACCGGCAAGUCAACGUCGGAGAAAGGUGGCGUAUAAUGAUGGCGUGUACAGGUGGGAGUAA